AUGCUGAACGAACUGGACCCAAACAUUUACACGGUCGUUUGGAUAGCACCGCUCGAGAUUGAGGCCCAGGCUGCGCUCCAUAUGUUGGACCAUCACCACCACGGCCGGUUCUCGUUGGAUCGGGGGGACGACUAUGUGUUUCGUGCUGGUGAUUUGGGUGGUCAUAACAUCAUCAUUGCUACCCUACCGGCGGGUCAAGAGUAUGGCACCGGGUCCGCAGCUGCACUUGCCAGUCAAGUCAAAAAGUUCUUUCCGAACCUUUGGUUUGGCUUACUCGUUGGUGUAGCUGCGGGUCUUCCGAACCUCUCACGACAACCGCCUCGGGAUAUCCGACUGGGUGAUGUUCUUGUGGGCCUUCCCGAGGGCAACAGCGCCGGUCUCAUAGCGUACGACUUGGGCAAAGAAACAGGAGACAAUGGGUUCCAACUGUUGCACUACGGACAUGUGCUGGCGAAUACUGAAACUGUUGUCCGAUCAGCGAUUCAGAAUAUCAAACUUAUGGCUCCUCGUGAUCUCGACUCAUUCCUUCCUCAUUACAAAAAUAUUCAGGAUAAGCAUCAUGCCAACGGGGCAUUCGACGACCCGGGACAGGAUCAUGACCACCUAUACGAAACAGACGAUACAGGAGCUACACAUCUUAUCCAGCGAGAACCAAGACCUGACUCGGCGAGAACCCGAGUGUGGUAUGGACCGAUUGGGUCCGGGGAGAAGCUUAUGAAGAACAGUCAGAAACGGAACGAGCUGAGAGACAAAUAUGGUAUUAUUGGACUGGAAAUGGAGGCCGCUGGUACAAUGAAUCGAAUUCCAGUUGGAGUAGUUCGAGGAGUAUGUGACUACGGGGACGAACAUAAAAACAAAGAGUGGCAACCAUAUGCAGCAGCAAUGGCGGCUGCCUAUGCCAAAGCAGUGCUGAUUAACGCACCCGAUGAUUCUGCAAAGGUGAUAGCGCAGUCAAUUUGUCGUAAGUUGGGUGGUCUGCCGCUUGCUCUCGAACAAGCUGGCACAUUUCUAUCAUACGGCAUUAUCCGGAUCAACGAUUUCAAUCAAUAUUUCCAAGAACGCUUUUCCGACAAAGCACUCAAAACUCCUAUGCAGAAAUACGUGGGAUCUUAUGAGAAAGGUCGGACACUGUGGGCGGUAUUCGAAAUGUCAUAUGAUGGCCUUAGCCAAAGAAAUCCACACGCGAUCAAGCUACUUCAUCUUGCCGCAUUUUUUACUACAGGGUCUACGCGGUUCGUUUUUGGUGUUGAAUCUGGAUUCGAGGAUUCUUUUGACUCCACUCUCGAGUCGCCGUUCUUUCCACCAGAGAUAGGUGAGACGCAAUCAUUUGGCCUUCUCCGUUGGCUGAAAGAAUUGCGUUCUGAAAUUGAACAAUUUGGAAUUGCCAUUCAUGAGCUUGAGACAUCUGGAUUUGUCAAAUUGUCUCGCAGUUUACACGAUACUUCUAUCGAGAGCUGUGCGAUGCAUGCUCUGGUCCGCGCCUUUAUUCGCUCAAAGGCAUCAGAAGACGACAUUCGCGACAGCCUAGCUACCGCCGUUCUACUCAGCGGACAAUACCUACAGUAUGGGACAGAAAGCUUCCAGUUGACAGGGUUGUGGAAGCACGCUGGGGAACUUCACAAUCUGCUCAAGAUGCUUAUUUCGUCAGUUUCCAGAUCAUUUUUCCAAGACCCAGAUGGCAAAUACUUUGCACUCCUCGGUGCCGUGGCGCCAAUAUACGCCCAUACCUGCCGUUUACUGGGAAAUCUACACGAGGCCAAACAGCUUUGGGAUAUUGCGCUCAAGUACAGGUUGGUUUCCAACACACAGUGGCCGAGUAUUGAGUUGCACAUGGAUGAGAUCCUCGAGGCUGCAAAAAUUGAUGUGAAACUUGGAGACUUCGAGAGUGGGAUAACCAGAUACGAGAUGGUACUCGCUCAUUGUGAUCGUAUCUUUCCGGACAACGAUGCAAUAGCCAUUCAAUCUGCUGCCUCAAUCCGCGAGGCUCGGGAAAGUUCUCACAAACGUCAAAAAGACCUCGGGCGCGCUAUCGUCGCACAGAGACUCGCGAAACGACGCCCCAAUGAUCUGACAUCACCCAAUGCAUCUUCAUCUCUCCCCCGACGGACGGAGACAGGAGACAUUGCUUUUACAAACGAUCAAGAAAGAACAGCACUAGAUGAAGCCUCAGACCAAUGGCACAGUAACUCUGGAGAUCUGCCUACGGAAAACGAUGGAUUCAUAUACCGUGCAAGUCCCGAACACCGUGAACUACUACACCUAGUCUCACAGCGCGGAGAUAUGGUAGAAAUAGACGGAGUUUCUUUCUUACUAGCACACGGUGCCAUUAACUACCAAGACAUCAAAGGUGAUACGGCCUUAGUCUGCGCCGCUCGACAUGGACAUGAAAUGCUUGCGCGGUCUUUACUCCAACAUGGCCCCAAUCUGGAUCUUCAAAACAAGACUGGCCAGACGGCUUUGAAUUGCGCUAUAAUUGGAAACUUUGAAGCCAUGGUCAUUUUGUUCCUGGGAUUCAGCCCAAAGCUCGAGCUGCAAGAUCAUACCGGGGCCACGGCUUUGAUAUGCGCAGCUCGCAAUGGUAACGAUGGCAUAGUGCGCGCAUUAGUGGCCAGUGGUGCUGACUUGAAUGGACAAGAUAAUAUGGGGAACACGGCUUUGAUAUGGGCAGCUUCGAGACCGUGCUAUGAUGUAGUGCGCACAUUGUUAGACAGUGGUCCUGACUUAAAUGCGCAAGAUCAUAUCGGGGAUACGGCUUUGAUAUGCGCAGCUCUCAAUGGGUACGAUGGUAUAGUGCGUGCAUUAUUGGCCAGCGGUCCUAACUUGAAUUUGCAAAAUCAUGACGGGGAUACAGCUUUGAUAUGCGCAGCUCGCAAUGGGUGCGAUGGUAUAGUGCGCGCAUUGUUAGACAGUGGUCCUGACUUAAAUGUGCAAGAUCAUAUCGGGGAUACGGCUUUGAUAUGGGCAGCUCGCCGUGGGAACGAUGAUACAGUGCGCGCAUUAUUAGACAGUGGUUCUGACUUGAAUGUACAAGAUAAUAGGGGGGCCACGGCUUUGAUAUGCGCAGCUCUCACUGGGUACGAUGGUAUAGUGCGUGCAUUAUUGGCCAGUGGUCCUAACUUGAAUGUGCAAAAUCAUGACGGGAAUACAGCUUUGAUAUGCGCAGCUCGCAAUGGGUACGAUGAUAUAGUGCGUGCAUUAUUGGCCAGUGGUCCUGACUUGAAUCUUCAAGACAAACAUGGCAGAACGGCUCUAGUCUGGGCAAUUCGAAAUAAGCAUGGUCGCAUAUUGUCUAUGCUGACCGCUCAGAAGCUAGUGGUCACUCGAAGGCGACAGAGAGACCCCGCAAACAGAUGA